AUGGCUCUGCUGAUGCUCCUGGUUUCGCCUUUUCCACAGGAGCAAGUGAAGGAAUAUAUGCACAAUGAGGUGGUCUGCGGUGACAACUUAUCCUUACCUUCCCCGCGUAAAAUACGGUUAGUGGAGAAUGAUAGUUAAACCCUUGCAGCUGGGAAGGUUCGCGAGACAGCUUGAUCAAGGCGUCUCCUUAGGAGUUCACUCGUCGCGUCCCCUUGGAAAGGGACUUUGAGGAACAAAUGUUUCUUUUCAGCGGUCGGUGUGGCGGGUUUGACCGGUAUUUCGGCAAUGUUCCGUGCAAUGAAUCUGUCAGGAUACCCGUUUUCUCGAAGAAAGUCCUGGAUUUUUCUGAUCUCCUCCUCGAUGCUAUCUGUUGAGCAAAUUUUUCUAGCUUUUUGCGCCAAAUAUCGGACUAGAUUUCGUUUUUGUUGGAGGGGUACGAAUCUGGCAAAGUUCGUGUAUUGUCCAGACCAGAUUUUCUUCCGAUAGACGCUUCUUCGGACACUGCCGUCAGGUCUCCUGCUUAGAAGAAAAUCUAAGGAAGGGAGCGAACCAGCCGUUUCCAUCUCCAGCGUGAAUUUGAUUGACGGAUGUGCCUGAUUUGCUGCAUCUAAGAGGGUAGCUACGUCGGUUUCUGCAGUGGCAAUUGCAAAGAUAUCAUCAACAUAGCGACCGUAAUGUUUAAGCUUAUCGAUCUGAUCGCAUAGUUGGAAUCUCUCUAAUUUGCUCAUGAAGACAUCUGCUAGGAGAGGUCCAAGGGGUGAGCCUAUAGCAACGCCGUCUACUUGUGUAAAGAGUUGGUUGUCGAACAGGAACUGCAUAUUUAAUGUGCAUCUUAGUAAUAGUUCCUUGAGUGUCUUCAUCGGAAUUCCUAUUUCCUGCUGAUUGGCAGAUAGAAACUCAUAGAUUUCAUCAACUGUCUCGGUGACCGGAACGUUUGUAAAAAGUGAUGAGACGUCUAGCGAGAAUAUCAUCAUGCCGUUGACGUUAAGAUCUUUGAUGUCGUCAAUGAAUUCAAACGUAUCUCGGUAGCUCCGUGGUGCUAGCUGACUCUGUACGGGCUUGAGUUUCUCUGCUAGCCACUUUGCUAUCGCAUGAUACGGAGAGUUUCGCAUGUCUGAUUUGAAUGCGCGUAACUUUGCCAUUUUUCUAAAGCAUUAACCAUUUCCUCAUUGCAUAGGGUAAAAUUGUCGCACAUACCACAAAAGUUUGGUGCAAGUGGACAAGAUAAUCCGCGUGGCAAUUGCGUUCAGUCUUCAGAAAAUUUCGUCAAAACUUUGAAGAGCACCCUAACACACCGAAGUCUGUGAACUCGAACAAAUCGUUGGUGUAUACUCGUUCGGCUCUGUAAUCUGCAUCUUGGGCUGAUUUAGUGACCUCAUUGACCUUAAGUGCGUUGUAAGCUUGAGUUACUUUGGUGUUUGUGCUGCGCACUCUGCGCUCUUGUUUUAGCUUCAUAAGAGGCUUGCGUCGACUGCGUCUUCUCUCUGUGAUGUCCAAUUCUGAUAGGCCUCCGUACAUAACGUUAGAGACCUCGUAAAGUCCUACUUACUUUAAUUCUUGCUCUUAGACAAGGAGAUAUAGUUAUAGAGCUCUACUGGAACCACGCUCCUCAGACGUGCAAAAACUUUGCCGAAUUGGCCAAAAGAGGCUACUACACCGACGUGCCCUUUCACCGUGUGAUACGGGAUUUCAUGAUUCAGGGCGGAGACCCUACUGGUACAGGUCGCGGCGGUGCCUCCAUUUAUGGUCGUUAUUUUGAAGAUGAAAUUCACCCAGAUUUGAAGCACUCUGGUAAUACUAAUUGCAAUACCUAUCUAAACACCAAGGCGCUGGAAUUGUAUCCAUGGCAAACGCUGGUCCAAAUACAAACGGAAGCCAAUUUUUCAUUACGCUGGCCCCCACUCAGUGGCUGGAUGGGAAACACACUAUUUUCGGACGCGUUAAUUCCGGAAUGCAAGUUGUCAAAAGGCUUGGUAAGGUGUUACUUUCGUUUGCAACUGUUUAAGGUAUGGUCGAAACCGAUGCGGCUGACCGUCCAGUGGAGCCUCUCAAAAUCAAGCGAGCAUAUGUCCCCACAGCUGUUUGA